AAUUCACUUGGCUAUCUACAAAUAAUUCUCGAGUAAAACGCAGGUGUUUAAACUUUUGUGGAAUUAGUCCAUAAGACAAAUAGUUAAAAAUCGAAAUAAAUAACAGCCCAAAGCAGACACACACAAAAUGGCACAAAUGGAUUUAGAAUUGAAGAAGGCCUUCACUGAAAUGCAAAUUAACAAAUUGGAAACGACGAAAAAGAUCAACAUGAUUGACAUGAAAUGCGACAUGGUGAAGACGGGCAAACACAAAUAUACGCUAACCGAAAAGGGCACCAGCAAUUUAACGGAUGAUACCAGGGUCUACCUGUCUGUGGGGCGCAUGUUCCUGCUGACCGAUGUGCAGAACAUGCGGGACGAGCUGAAGGGCAAACAGGAGAAGUGUGAUAAGGCCAUCGAGCUGCUCGAAAAGAAGAAGGAAUUCCUGCAAAAGUCGCUUAAGGACCAAGAGGAUGGCUUGCGUGAGCUGGUACAGCAACGCAAGGACGCCGAUGCAACAGCGAAAUAAUUCAACAUUCAUUCAAAUUCAGUCAUAACAUAACACAAUCAAACUCGAGCUAUUUAUUUGUCAAUAUAAUGGUCAAAAUUAAAGUUUGCAUAACUAACGAA